AUGAGGAGUUAUAUCUCGUUCUCCAAACAGUCGUGGCAGGCCGAAACCCUGGCUGCUGCCCAGUUUGUGGCCACGGGGGAUGUGGUGACUUCAGACGAAGCUUACCAUCAUCUUUAUUCGCGGAGUGGCUCAGCCCCGGGCUUCGUCAGCCCUGGCGGUCUAGUUAACCCUGGCGGUCUAGUUAACCCUGGCGGCCUAAUUAGCCCUGGCGGCCUAGUCAGCUCUGGCGGCCUGGUCAACUACGGCGCGCAGGGUCUGGUCUCUCAACAGCAGCUGGCUCAGCCUCUGGUUCAGCCGUUGACUCAGCCACUGGCCCAGUCACUUGCUCAGCCACUGGCCCUUAGCCUCGUAGGUCAGCAGCCGCUGGUUCAGUCUGUCGCACAGCAGUUCGUGCCGACGAACGUUGCAUCCGGCUCCGUAGUCUCUGGGGUCCAGUCGUUGACAGGGGUUGGUCAGCAGCCGUUUGUGGUUCCGCAGCCGUUUGUGGUCCAGCAGCCGCUUGUGGUCCAGCAACCCUAUGUUCAGCAAAUGCCGUAUGUUCAGCAGAUGCCCUAUGUAGUUCAGCAGACAGGCGUCGUAGCGCCUCAGCCCGUAGGACUAGUCGGUCAGCAAGGACUAGUCAGUCAGCAAGUGCGGACCCGCCAGUUGGCAUUGCCGCAGCAAAGAGCAGUCUUAAGUCUGCCUGAAGGACACGUCGAAACCGAGGAGAAAGCUCUAGAGAUGGAAGUACGACAGUACCUGCCUGUAAAGCACGUCCAGCAGAGCUGGUACGAGAUACUCGGUCGGCGCGCCACGGCGGAGCAGCUCGCGGAACUCGGGGCCGUGGGCUUCAAACCCGUGGAGGUCCGGAACGCUCAACAGGAACCCUCCGCCACAACGCAGGCGUCCGAGGCCGUCGACAAUACACAAGUUCCCUUCGACCUGGACGCUCCCGUCAUUACGGCCGAUGCUACCUUCUAG